AUGGAAAGCGAAGCAUCUCACAUAAUCUACGAGCAAAUUCAAAAUAAUCCACCAAAAGAUCGCCGUAUUUUGUCUAUUCAAAGUCAUGUUGUACAUGGAUACGUUGGCAACAAGUGUAGUGUUUUUCCAAUGCAGCUUCAUGGUUAUGAAGUGGAUCCGAUAAAUUCGGUACAAUUUUCCAAUCAUUCAGCAUAUAAACUGAUGAAAGGUCAGACACUGGAUGGUGUACAACUGAAUGAUAUUUAUGAAGGCUUGAAAAUGAAUGGAGUUAACAAUUAUUCACACAUUUUAGCAGGAUAUUGCAGGAAUUCAUCAUUUCUGCAAGGAGUUAUUAAUAUAGUUAAAGAUUUGAAGCAUAAGAAUCCAGAUAUUCUUUUCUACUGUGAUCCUGUGCUGGGUGAUAACGGCCAUUACUAUGUCCCGAAGGAACUGAUGCCAAUCUAUCGUAAUACUGUAAUCCCUCUGGCUGAUUUGAUUACACCAAACGUUUUUGAAUUAUCUGAACUUUCUGGUUUGUCCAUAAAUAAUGAGCAAGAAUGUUUGGAAGCAAUUGAUUUAAUGCACAAAUCUGGUGUUAAAAUAGUGGUUGUGACAAGUGGCCUGGAAACGCCAACUACAAAAUUUUGUUAUGGAUCUAUUUACAGAGGUCCUAAUGAACGAGCCUUGCAAUACCGUUUCGAUAUUCCAGCAUUACCAGGAAAAUUCGUAGGUACAGGUGAUGUUUUCAUCAGCUUACUCCUUGUUUGGAUGGAUAAACUAAACGGUGAUAUUAUAUUGGCUAUCCAGAACGUUAUUAGCACUUUACAGGGUAUACUGCAACGAACUGCAAACAAGGCUUAUUUUCAGCAGAAUCCGGAAGAAUAUACUCCAACAUCGGAGGAGUUGGAGUUACAAUUGGUGCAAAGUCGUUCGGAUAUACUCGCUCCGCAAGUCACCAUCAAGUCAACAAGACUUCAGUAGUUGUAAUUCAUAUCUCAAUCUAUUAACGUUUAUUCCAGUC